AUGGCCACCUCCAUUCGCCUCCGUCGACUCGGCGCCACCGCAAUAGCCGCUGCAGCCGGUGGCGCAUACCUUUCCAGGCGUGACCCCUCGCUCUCGUCGAACGACCGUGGCGGUGGGUCCGCCCUGGACGCCGUGCAUAGGAAGAUCUCCGACCCCUUUGCCGUCGUCCCGGCCCGAGCCGUUCAGGAAUCGGCUCUGAUCGGCGCCAGUUCGGCUAAUCCGCUCGACAUUCUCGUUAUCGGUGGUGGAGCCACCGGUUGCGGCGUCGCUCUCGAUGCCGCCACUAGAGGGCUUCGAGUAGGCCUCGUUGAGCGAGAGGACUUCUCUUCUGGUACUUCUUCGCGGUCCACUAAGCUAAUUCAUGGAGGUUAG